AAGAUGUUUGUAGAUGAGCGGAUUGUAACUUUGUUCAAACGAAACGCCCAUCACACGUUGACUUACUGGAGUGUUUUCUUCAGCUUCGGACUCAGCAUUGCUUUCCUCGGACCUACGAUUUUGGACUUGCAGUGUCAGACAAACUCAACUCUUAGGCAGAUUACCUGGGUUUUCUUUGCCCAGCAGUUCUGUUUGUUAAUCGGCAGCUCUGUUGGGGGUGUUUUUAAGAGAACGUUAUUCCGCGCUCUAGCUGCCCUGUUCAUCUCUGCUCUUAUCAUCUCUGUAAUAUUUGCCAUCAUUCCUGUGUGCAACAAUGUCCUGGUGCUGGCCAUUGCCAUGGCAGUGUCUGGUUUGGCGAUGGGUGUUAUUGACACCAUUGCCAACAUUCAACUGGUGACCAUCUACCAGAAGGACUCAGCUAUUUUCUUACAGGCUCUGCACUUCUUUAUUGGGUUCGGUGCCCUGGUGAGCCCGCUGAUUGCAGAUCCGUUCCUCUCCGAGUCGAGCUGUGGGAAUCACACAGGAAACGAGACAGAGAUCAUACAUCAUUUCAGGAACAUGCUGAGAAACAGUCCGAUCGCAGAGCACAACAUUACUCAGAGCCACCUUCCUCAUGAGGGAGGGGAGAUGGAGGGGUCCAGUGUGCACUACGCUUUCUGGAUCAUGGCACUUAUUAAUCUGCCUGUGCCCCUUGCAGUUCUGUUUCUCAUGUAUCGGGAGCAGUUAAUCCCAUGCUGCACCAGCGGCCCUCCUCGUCUUUUGGACAAAGAUGAACUAGCCAUGGAGAGCCAGCAGGGGGCCGAGGGCCCAGACUUGGAGCAGAAGGAACAAGAAGCAGGAGGUCACGGGAGCAUCUUCAGCUGCUGUCAGAAUGAUAACCUGCGCGGGCUGCCUGUAUCCUUCUUCAUGAUUCAUAUCCUUGGAGGGAUGGUGCUCUUUAUGACUGAUGGCAUCGUGGGUGCCUAUGCUGGUUUUGUGUACACCUACGCUGUGGCACCACCGAUGUCAUUGCCUCAUAAGACAGCCGGUUACCUGGCAAGCAUCUUUUGGGCAGCCAUCACUGCUGGACGUCUCCUGUCCAUACCUCUCUCUUAUCGUUUCCAGCCUGUAAGACUGCUCAUGUUCAACCUGGCAGGAGCUAUUGUUACUGUGUUGUUGCUGCUCAUUUUCUACGCCAGCAAAGAGUUUCUGUUUGUGGGAACCUGUUUAUGUGGACUUUUCCUUAGCAGCAUAUUCCCCUGUAUGCUUGCCUAUACUGAAGACAUCCUUGAUUACCAGGGAUGUGCGACCUCGGUCUUGGUGACAAGUGCAGGGAUGGGAGAGAUGGUGAUGCAGGUUCUAGUUGGCUCAAUUAUUCAGACUGAGGGCAGCUACAGCUUCCUGCUGUGUGGAAUGAUAAUCGCCUGCAUCGGUUUUAUCCUCUUCGUUGCUCUCCUGCUGUUCCAUCGAAUGCACAGAAAUUACCUCUCAGGAACGUUAAAGAAGUCAGCGAUGGUGGAGGAACCAGCAGCAGAGCCCAACGGGUCGGCCAGAACAGAACAAAAAGAGGACAAUGACACGACCACGAGUCAGUAG